AUGGUGUUUUUGGAUUUAGGGACUGAUGCUGACACUGACAGGCAUGAGAUGCUUGGUUUCGUGCAGGAAGAGAUUGAUAUCGAAGCGAAGGUUCUGCGCGCUGGCAAGGCAGUAGGGGUGGCCGUUGUGGAACUGAAGAAGAAAUCUGGAAAAAUCAUCGCUCAAGCUCGCUACUCCAAGUAUCUUGGUGUAGCAUCUAGGGUUGGUGGUUAUUCUUAUUUAUAUGAGCCUCUUUGGUGGGUUGGCAUGAUAACAAUGAUUGUUGGAGAAGUUGCAAAUUUCGCAGCCUAUGCAUUUGCUCCGGCUAUUUUGGUCACUCCUCUUGGUGCUCUUAUCAUUAUUAUCAGCGCUGUGCUUGCACAUGUAAUGCUGCGGGAGAAGCUGCACAUAUUCAGAAUUCUUGGAUGUGUCCUAUGUGCUGUGGGAUCCACCACAAUAGUCCUUCAUGCUCCACCAGAGCGUGAAAUUGAGUCGGUGACAGAAGUGUGGGAUCUGGCUACGGAACCAGCCUUCAUGUGUUAUGCAGCAGUGGUAAUUGCUAUAGCUGCCAUACUUGUUUAUCGGUUUGUCCCACUUUAUGGGCAGACACAUGUCAUGGUCUACAUAGGUGUUUGCUCUCUUGUUGGUUCCAUCUCGGCACUUGACACGUUUAAUACAGUAGUUUGUGUCACCCAUUUAUCAUACCAUGUUCACAUCUUUAACUAUCUUGGCAAGUGUCAUCAUGUUCAAGGGCUUUCGACUUCAUCCUCCUCCCAUCUUCCGACAUCUUCUUUAGUGCGGUUCUCACAGCAAACAGACGAAGAUGGUGAAGGAAUUCCUCUAAGAUCGUCUGAAUCGUUCCGGAAUUAUCAGCAUGUUUCAACUGUACCAAGUACCUACAUUAGUGGUCUCUGCUCUUGCAUUGUGCUAAAGUUAGAACCGUACGUUGGUAGUCCUGAUGGAAGGAAACGCCCAAAUUUUGUUGAGGGGCACCAUUUAAAGACGCGUAAUCUAUGGCUGCUGCGGAAGGCGCUGCAGGAGUUCCGAAAGGAUCUAGCGAGUGGCCAAGAUCUUGAACGCGGAACCUCCGGCUUUGAGCGUGGAGGUUCCGAGACUGAGCGUGGAACCUCCGGGGAUCAGAGUAUGAAAUCGAUCUACAGUGGAAUUUAA